AUGUCAGAGUCCAAGCGGCCGCGCUUCGAGACUCUCCAGCUCCAUGCAGGUCAAGAGCCAGACCCUACCACCAACGCUCGUGCGGUGCCCAUUUACGCGACUACGUCAUAUUUGUUCGAUGAUUCUGCUCAUGGAGCUCGGCUAUUUGGUCUCAAGGAGUUCGGCAACAUCUAUAGCCGGAUAAUGAAUCCCACGGUUGAUGUCUUCGAGAAGCGAAUUGCAGCUCUAGAAGGGGGCGCUGCAGCCGUGGCAGCCGCAUCUGGUCAGGCAGCACAAUUCAUGACUAUUGCAGCCCUUGCCCAUGCAGGUGAUAACAUUGUAGCAACCAGCAAUUUGUAUGGUGGCACGUACAACCAGUUCAAAGUCCUCUUUCCACGCCUAGGCAUCCAUACCAGAUUCAUUCAAGGGGACACCCCAGCGGCAAUUGCUGCAGCCAUCGACGAUCGGACCAAGGCUGUCUAUGUUGAGACCAUCGGCAAUCCACGCUACAAUGUACCAGACUUCGAAGCUAUUGCGAAGGUAGCCCAUGACAAGGGCGUUCCGCUGGUGGUCGACAACACUUUCGGGGCCGGCGGUUAUUACUGUCGUCCUAUUGAGCACGGCGCAGAUAUUGUUGUACACAGUGCCACUAAGUGGAUUGGUGGCCACGGAACUACUAUUGCAGGUGUUGUUGUUGACAGUGGUAAGUUCGAUUGGGGCAAGCAUGCAGCGCGAUUCCCCCAGUUCGUGGAGCCUUCCGAAGGCUACCAUGGCCUGAAGUUUUGGGAGACUUUUGGCAAUAUUGCUUUUGCCAUUCGUGUGCGGGUGGAGAUCCUCCGUGAUCUUGGCCCAGCCCUGAAUCCUUUCGCUGCACAGCAGCUUCUCCUUGGGAUUGAGACCCUCAGCUUGCGUAGCGAAAGGCAUGCAACCAAUGCCAUGACUCUGGCUAAAUGGCUCAAAAAGAACGAAAAUGUAAGCUGGGUCUCUUAUCCAGGUCUUGAAGACCACCCUAGCCAUGAAACUGCCAAGCGUUACCUUCCCCGAGGAUUUGGCGGUGUUCUUUCAUUCGGUGUGAAGGGGGGUGCUGCGGCUGGUAGUCAGGUGGUCGACGGCUUCAAAAUGAUAUCUAACCUUGCAAAUGUUGGGGACUCAAAGACCCUCGCUAUUCAUCCUUGGUCGACAACUCACGAACAGCUUACUGAGCAGGAGCGGAUUGACUCUGGGGUCACAGAAGACGCCAUCCGGAUUUCUGUUGGUACGGAGCACAUUGACGACAUCAUCGCGGAUUUUGAGCAAUCUUUCAAGGCCGCGAAUGCGCUGUGA